AUGCUCGACCAGUACACGUAUGUUUUCGCGAUUGGCACCUUCUUUGCCCUGCUAGAUGCUUAUAACAAUGGUGCCAACGAUGUUGCAAACGCCUGGGCUACCAGUGUUUCCUCCCGCUCAGUAUCCUACAGACAAGCCAUGAUCUUGGGCACAAUCUUCGAGAUGCUUGGUGCCAUCACCGUUGGAGCGAGAACCGCAGAGACGAUCAAGAAUGGAAUCAUACCCUCAUCUGCUUUCAGGGGUGAUGCUGGUGUUCAGAUGCUCGCUUUCACCUGCGCUCUAGCUGCUGCCUCUUCUUGGGUCAUGUGGUGUACUCGUCACUCGGCUCAUGUUUCUUCCACCUACUCGCUCGUCUCUGCCGUCGCUGGUGUUGGUGUUGCUACCGUCGGCGCAUCUCAAGUACAAUGGGGCUGGAACAACGGCAAAGGCCUUGGUGCCAUCUUCGCUGGUCUUGGAAUGGCUCCUGCAAUUGCUGCAGGAUUUGGUGCAACCAUCUUUAUGCUCAUUAAGAUGACCGUACACGUCCGCAAGAACCCUGUUCCCUGGGCUGUCUACAGCUCGCCCUUCUUCUUCCUUAUCGCCGGUACCAUCUGCACCCUCUCGAUUGUCUACAAGGGUUCCCCCAAUCUCGGUCUCAAGAACAAGCCCGUCUGGUACAUCGUUUCUGUCACCAUGGGAUGUGGUUGGGGACUCGCCCUCUUGGCCGCUCUCUUCUUCGUGCCCUACGUUCGUGCCAGAGUCAUCAAGAAGGAUGCUUCCGUCAAGGGCUGGAUGUUCAUCUAUGGCCCCGCACUCCUCAACCGCCCUGUUCACGAGUCCGCUGAGAAGGCUAGUGUUCCUGACUACGCCGUCGUUCAGGAUGAAGAGGAAGAUGACAAGAAGUCUGAAUAUUCUCAAUCCGACAACGGCAUGAUGAGCAAGAACCCCGAGACCACCGAAAAAGCCAUGUCCAGCCCCAACAGCCCUCAAAUUCUUGCCGCCUCCCCUGAACUCAGCUACCAAGAACUUCAAGCUCAGAGCGACUACAAGCUCAAGCAACGUCUUCUCAAGAAGCGUGGACCUAUGGGCUGGGCUAUGCGCACUCUUGAAAACAACCCCAUGGGCGCUGGACAGAUCUACGAGAUUCACAAUAUGAAGACUUUCUUCAGACGUCUUCCUGCCAUGAUCACUGUCGGUCUUCUUUACGGCUUCCACUACGACAUUCACGCUGCUCAGUCUGGUAUCUCGGGCACCCCUGAAGGCUUGAGAAUGCAACGCGUCUACGCUGCCGCGGAGAAGUACCCCAACGAGGUCGAACACACGUACUCUUUCGUCCAGGUUCUCACUGCCUGCACUGCCUCUUUCGCUCACGGUGCCAACGACAUUGGCAACUCUGUCGGUCCCUGGGCUGUCAUCUACUCUGCUUGGUCAACCGGUGAUGCUGCCAAGUCUAAGGCCACUGUUCCUGUCUGGCAACUCGCUGUUCUGUCUGCUACCAUCUCUCUCGGCCUCAUCACAUACGGCUACAACAUCAUGAAGGUCAUGGGUAACAAAAUCACCUACCACUCUCCCUCCAGAGGUUGCUCCAUGGAAAUGGGUGCCGCAAUUACCGUGCUCAUAUUCUCGCAAUACUCUCUGCCAGUCUCGACAUCAAUGUGCAUCACUGGCGCCACCGUCGGCGUUGGUCUCUGCAAUGGAACCUUCAAGGCCGUCAACUUCCAACGUGUUGGUCUGCUUGUCUUUUCUUGGAUCAUGACAAUUCCUGUCGCCGGUACGCUUGGUGGUGUGUUGAUGGGUUUGUUCUUGAACGCUCCUCACUUUGGCAGUUAGACUGUCGAAUGGGACUUUUUUCAUGCCUGGG